CCAAACUGGAUUAUUACGCUGGUGGAAAAUAUAUCGGCAUGUUUUGUUCAGUUACAGCGCGUGCUUUCAGUGUAUAUGCUCUAGACGAUUUUCCUCUUUGUUUAUAUUAUGAAAUUUGACGUGCCGUGUUAGAAUAAGUAAUAAACCACAUUGUUUACUGCACAUAAGCAUUAAACAAGGAAUGUCUGACCUCAUGAUUCUAUAAAUAGACUUGGGAAACCACCGUGUUUAAACCUGGUAUACGUGUUUGCAGCUUAUGUUUAUUUACUAAAUUCAGAAGGAUUUACUCACAUAUAAGCGCUCGGAAUGCCGACCGGAUUGGGAAGUCAAUUGCUUGACAGAUGUUUCGACGUCUUUAAAUUGACAGAUUCCAUUGAUCAAACACAACAAUAUAUCGUGAAAUGUCAGGAAAUCCACACAGAGACAAUACAACGGAAAUGGACAAUACUUAACCAGAUGUUAGAGAUAAUUAAAGAUAUACAACGAAAUGAAAGAUGCCAACCUGCAACCUGCAGAUUUAUAGACGAUGAGGAAGGUAUUGACGAAGGAAGUUCUGAAAAUUAUCAAGAAAACGAUGUCGAAGGGAGUGACGAAGGAGAUAAUGAAAAUAAUCAAGAAAUGAUCGACGCACGACCCAUUUCUGAACAUUAUUAUCUGCCAUUGACAGUACGUGAAGAAGAUUAUGGCAGAAAUCGGCAGAACGAUGCUCCUUCUACGGGACAAGGUCAGUCUGAACAACGGUCACAUCAAUCUUCAGCAUCACCACUUCAUAGUUCAGGCAUAACGGUUACAACAACAGUCCAGAUUGCUCAGACAGGACAAGGUCAGUCUGAACAACGGCCGCAGCAAUCUUCAGCAUCACCACUUCAUAGUUCAGGCUUAACAGUAAAAACGGAACAGGCUGUCGAUAAUGCGCAGCUGAUUACUGAGAUGGAUACGCAUCGUCAGGAUCAGUCUGAAGAGCAACACGAAUCUUCACGCAAUAGCAAAGGCAAAAAGGUAGAAGCAAAACAGGCUGUCAAUAAGGCCGAGCAGAAUGCUGAAACGGUAGUCCCGUCGACGUCGUCAAAAAGACAACGAAAGAAGAAAAAAAGAAAAAUGAAAUUGGAAGAACAAAAACACUCGCUUGGAAACACAUCACCAGAACCACAAAACACCGCAAAGAUGGGUAUUUCAAAGAAGAAUGUUAGAGAUGACCAAACAGCAAACGACUCUAAAAAAAAGAGCAGACGUAAAAUAUCUUCUUCAGCACGCGAGCUUUCUGCAAACGCCGCGAAAGCAAAGGAGACUAAGGCAAAUCUAGCGAAAUCGAAGUUUAGGCCCAAGUUUGACCUUGCCAAAUCAAGUGAUAGUACGGGUGAAGACAAUUGGUUAUUAGAGCCGACAACAAUGAAUAUUCAGCAUGAACUAGCGGAACUCAUUGUAUCAGUACAUCCUCAUUCAGAAGUAGAACUUAAACUGGCAGAGGAUUCGAAAACAACAGCUGGGCAUAAAAAAAUAACAAAACAGCUUAUUUGCGAAGCUCUUCGCAAAGAAAUAGAAAAACAUUUACUCGAUGAAGCUUGGCUAGGAAAAAGAGUAAAACAGUUAAUUAUUGAAGCUCGUUUAGGAAACAGAGUAAAACAGUUAAUUAUUGAAGCUCUGCGAACAGAAUUAGCACAGCAGUUACUCCCUAAAGUUGCUUCCAAUUUGGCGUCAACACGUUUAAUUAUGUUGAAACCUAUGCCUGCACUUAAGGAUGACCUUCAUCUGGAAUACGUGUUUCGCAGAGUCAACUCGGAUCAACAAGAGUUACUAUCUCUUUUGUUUUCCCUAUGGACGUACAACAUUGCUCCUACUCUUAAAGAACUUCUAGUUGCUUCGGAAGUGGUUACGAUGGAAGAUGUUGUCCAUGCUUUAGAAGAUGUCAGUUCUCGGAUGAUCACGUCAGCAAACAUUUUCCCUGAGACAAUCAGAAUGUUCGUUCACUUCCCGAUGCUUAACAGAAGUGCUGAACGUUUUCUGAAAUGUGGAAAAGGAAAUGAUUCAUCGUCUGCUCGGGGGUCAUAUGACAUGAAACAAAAAAGCCUGACCCAGGCUGAUCAAUUAAGACGGACAAACAUGACUAGGAUUAACAGUUUAUAAUAGCACAUGACAGUAUCGUUUUUACUUGAUUAAUUUGAAUACUUUAUCCUUUAUAGUCCUCAGUGAUGUAGACAUAUAUAAAUCAUUCGUAGCAAAAGAACUUACUAUCUAUUCAGGAAUAGAUGAUACAUUUAUAAUCACGUGUAUUGAACAUGAGGAAUGCUCGAACUUAAACAAAUAAUCCUUGAGAGUUAACAUUAUUCUUAUCGUGUUUUUCCGUGAUUCGUACUGGGAAUCGUCCUCAGUAUUUGAAGUUUCUCCAUAUGCACGUUACUUUCCUGUACAAUGUAUUAAAUUUUAAUACAAUGUCUUAUCACUAAUGUUAUUUUUGUGCACAUUGAUAUCUAGAUUAUGAAAUUUUUCCUAAUCUUAAAGGGGCCUUUUUACAGAUUUGGUAAUAUUUUGAAGUUUGUCAUUAUAUGCUUUAUAUUGAUAAAUGUAAACAUUGGAUCUUAAAAGCUCCAGUAAAAAAUCAAGAAUAAAAUUAAAAAAAGGAAAAAAAUGUAGCCGGUACCAGGGCUCGAACCAGUGGCCCCCGAGAGUCCUGGAGUUAGUCUGAAGUAAAAACGCAUUAGCCCUCUCGGCUAUUCCGCCGGGUAUACACAGUUUAAGUAUUUAACACCUUAUAUAAGCAAUCUUCGUAGUUUCGUGAAUUUAAACGACAACAACAGAACUCCAAAUUAUUCAAUCGUUUCGCGUUGCAACGCUUUAUAUUUUUUAGGUUUUCAAAUCGUCAAAAGAUACAUAUAAUGGCUAUAUUGACUAUGGUAAAUGUUCAGUAAUACUAAUUCCUCACAAAUAUCAUAACUAAAACGAAAAUUUGCGAAUCUGAAACAACUUUUUUCAAUUUUGUCAAUUUACCAAACUGUGAAAAGAUUCCUUUAAAUAAUAAAGGUUUUAUUUUCUAUUGUUGGUUAGGGUCUAUAAAUCCCGUAUUGUAACUGGUGGAAUGUAUUUCAUAUAUGAACCGAAUACUACGAAUACAAUUGCAACUACUAGUCAAUAGAACCCCGACACGAACACCCUUAUAUGUUAUCAUUUAAAUGGGAAACUGUUAAGUGUUUUCGUGUAUUAUGUGUGCACGACACUGUGUCAGAUGUUAACAUGAACUUGUUAGUAUAGAUUAUGUUAUAGUAUUUUAAAUACAUUUUUAUUAAAGUUUGUUGAAUAUAAAUAAAUGUGAAGGUCUAAUUCAAGCAACAAGUAUGCUAAGUAAGGCAAUGUAAACAUAAAUCUACUUUUCUGCCUCUUAGUGACGAACUCUUAACAAAGAAUUAUUGGAAAGAUAGAAGAAAGUUAUCACGGAUCGAAACUACUAAUGAUCAAAGCGGGUCUCACGAUCUCAUGACACAUUCAAUACUGUAUAUAGUGUAAAUAUUGUUUUCGGAUAUUGCAAUUAAUGGCGAAUAUAGAUGAAUUAGCUUUUGUGUAUACAACUCACGUGUAUGUAAUAUUAUAAAUUAAAAUAAAAUGCACACAAACAUUCA